AUGUCAAAAGAAUUGACCCUUUCUCAUAUCAAAGGUCGCACAUACGACGUUGGUCAGGAGGUCUUUGCAAAACGUUAUGUUGAGCAGCUUUCUCACAGCACGGCCCCACUGUUCCGUUAUGUUUCUUCGACUUCAGACGCCGUUAUAGAAAUGACUGUAGGAGAAUACCAUCAAGCCGCCGAUGCUGUUGCAAGUGCAAUGUACACCAAAGCUCAAGUUAAUAGAAAAGAUGUUAUUGGUGUUUUUCUUCCGAAUUGUAUAGAAUAUGUCAUCAUGGGAGCUGCUAUAGAGGCCUCUGGCUUUAUUAUGAUGCCGUUCAAUCCGUUAUUUAAAGCAGAACAACUUGCACACUUCUGCAAUAAAGUUAGUCCAAAGCUCAUAGUCACGUCGCCUGAGAAAAUCAAAACGGUUUUAGAGGCGGAUCCGACAGUCAAAAUUUUAGUGAUAAAAACGCCGAAGGAGGAACUUAAGACGAUUGCAGAGGACAUUAGGCGCUCCGACGUUUUAAAAAAUUCAGAGGAAAUUCGACGGAAUUUAAAAAUUGAAAAAAGUUCAAGUGAAGAGGAAACUUUUAAAAAAUUCGAACAGUUGGAAGACCAACUCUUUUCAUAUGAAGAAUUUUUAAAAACACCAAUUGACACGGAAAGACUGAAAUUUGAAAGAGAACAAAUCCUCCCGCACGAUGUCCUCUUUUAUGGGUGUACGUCGGGAAGCACUGGAAAUCCAAAGAUAUGUGUGUACGAGAAUAUGGGCUUCACCGCAAACAUCUACGGCAAUUCACAUAACGUGCCCCUUGAGGAAAAAAGAGUCUUACUCUUCGCACCACUGUCGACGACUACGGGACACAUCGCUAUGGAUGGGAUGGUCAUCAGAUCAUAUUACGUCGUCUUCACUGAUAAAUUUGACGUUGAAAAAAUCUUUAAAAUUAUUGAGGAGAAUAAGGUGACUAAUAUCGGAGGAGCUCCACCGGCAUUUUUGGCACUGAUGAAACACCCAAAUAGAACGAAGUACAACUUGAGCUCAUUAAAGGAAUUUGUCGUGGGCGGUGCAGUCGCGUCGGACUUCUUUAUGGAGAGCUUAAAGAAGACAUUUGGACUGAGUUAUGUGACUUCCGGAUUUGGAAUGACGGAACUCUGUGGUGUGAUGUACCUAAUGCCAGUGAAAUCCACCAAACGUGUAGAAGGCAAAUUUUCCCUCACAGCUGGUCCAAGUGCAAAUGUUGAAGUUCGCGUAGUUGAUUUAGAGACUCGGGAAAUACUUCCCGUUGGGUUUUCUGGAGAACUUGAAGUGAAGUCUCAGCUAAUGAUGCGCUGUUAUUUGAAUAACAAAGAGGCGAACGACCAGGCGUUUACUGCAGAUGGCUUCUUCAAAACUGGAGACGAGGUCCUCAUCGAGAAAGAUGGGUAUAUGAAUGUGACUGGGCGAGUGAAAGAAAUGAUCAUACGAGGGGGUCAUAAUGUGUGGCCGAAAGAGAUCUGUGAGGUGUUGAACAAGCAUCCUCGAGUUCAAGAGAGUGCUGUGAUAGGGAUUCCUGACAAAGUGCAAGGGGAGAAAGUUGUAGCAUUUGUGUUACUUAAAAAGGGAGGAAAUACUAUAGACAAUGAAAUUAUUAAUUCGGAAAUUAUUGAAAAGGAACUUAAAAGCUAUUUGAAUGAACGAAUAGUUUCUUUUAGUAUUCCAACGUUCAUUUUUACUCUUCCCGAAUUUCCUAGGACGUCCUUUGGGAAGGUGUAUCUUCCAAAAUUACGAGAAAUGGUCGGCGAAAAAAUCAGAGAGAAGUGGAGAAGAGCUGAAGAGCUAAAUGACGACAUACCAAGAACGGAAAUGGGAAAGGAAAUCGCAAAGGUCUGGAGUGAGUUCUUCGAGAUCCCAGUCGGCGCUCUUUCAAGAAAAACAGACUUCUUCGCACUGGGAGGAGACUCCUUUGUUGGAGCACAGACCAUCGCUUAUAUCAGAAAGGUGGUGAAAACAGCCCCAUUCAAUUUGGUGAAUAACAAACCGACAAUAGGAGAAUUAGAAGACUAUGUAUUGAAUCCUGAAAGUACUGAAGGUGCUGGAAAGGAAAUUAAAGAGGAUUACGAACAUUUACAGAUCAGCACUUUUGAGGAGGUGUUCGGUAAUGUAUAUGAAAACGUUUCUUCAGACUUUGAAUUGCGUGACUCGGUUGUUAUUACUGGAGCAACUGGGUACCUUGGAGUGUAUUUAGUUACAGAAGCUUGCAAAAUACCAACAAUCAAAACAGUCUAUUGUAUUGGUCGUAGUGCCAAUCAAAGUGAAUUAGACAAGAAGAUGAACACUAUGUUACGUCAUCUUGCACUUCCGUUUUCCACUAAAAUCAAGAACGUCAUUGGCGAUGUCUCCAAACCACUUUUUGGCAUGGAACAGACGGUGUACUCGACUCUACAAGAGAAGACUCGAUUUUUCAUUCACAGUGCAGCUAUAGUGAAUUGGGCGAAGAGCUAUUCCCAGCUCAAGGCUACGAACUCUGUUGGUGUCAAAAACGCCAUUAUCUUCUGUGGGAAGACGAUUCCACUGUGUGUCAUCUCGACGAUUGGAGCAGCACUUGACUUCAAUGAGGAAAUUUCCGCAAGAGUUCCUUUGAACACAUUUGGGUACAUCCAGUCGAAGUGGAUGGGCGAAAAGUAUUGUGAAAAAGCACUUCAAAAUGGGUGCAAAGUCUCUUUGAUGCGACCGGUUUUCAUCUGCGCGGACAGCACAAGCGGGAUCUGCAAUACCGACGACUUCAUCUACAAAUGCUCAGAAUUUCAGUUCUGA